GUUGUCACGGUCACAUGUUCAAAUCUAGUCGAUCAGCUGACUGCAUCCCUUCCCUUUUGAUGGUUAGAUUUUAUUUCCUCAAUUGAGCGAGUUCGGGGUGUGAAUAACAUAUUAUUUAGAGUAUUCAGACCGUUCGGCGUCAAUUUUAACACCAAACUGAAGGUAGCAUAGUGAGAUAGCCCGCAAAAUAUCGCGGUUUGGGUGAUCAUGAACGGACACGCCAUUCUUUACACCGGGGUCACUUUGGCCUUCUGGAGUACCAUUCUCAUCGUCGGUAUUUGCUACACAAUCUUCGACCUUGGAUUCCGCUUUGAUGUGGCAUGGUUUCUGACAGAAACCUCACCCUUCAUGUGGGCGAACCUUGGGAUUGGCUUGGCCAUCUCGCUCUCUGUUGUUGGAGCUGCUUGGGGCAUUUACAUCACAGGUUCCAGUAUCAUAGGAGGUGGUGUAAAAGCACCACGGAUUAAAACAAAGAAUCUGGUCAGCAUUAUCUUCUGUGAGGCUGUAGCCAUCUAUGGGAUCAUCAUGGCGAUCGUUAUAAGUAACAUGGCUGAGAGCUUUAGUGGCACCACACCAGAGACUAUUGGGGCAAGGAACUACCAAGCAGGCUACUCCAUGUUUGGCGCUGGUCUUACUGUGGGAUUCUCCAACCUCUUCUGUGGCAUCUGUGUUGGCAUUGUUGGUAGUGGGGCCGCCCUGGCAGAUGCUCAGAACGGCAGCCUCUUCGUUAAAAUCCUUAUUGUGGAAAUCUUCGGCAGUGCUAUUGGGCUAUUUGGAGUGAUUGUGGCCAUCUUGCAGACGUCGAAAGUAAAAAUGGGUGACUAGAAGAUUUAUCCUCAAGAUAUAAGAUCAAGAUGACAAGAUCUAUGGAAGACCAAGCUGGAGAAGCAGAUGGAUUGUGUAAAUACAUAGUAAAUUAUUUAAAUGUAUUUUUUGUCUUUGAUUGUUUUUAACCAUAAUUUGCUGAAGAGUGACAUAUUUGCACCAUUUUGUCUUAAAGGAAUGCAGCCAAAUGGUUAGAUUAAACUGCAGGUGUUUAAGACAAAAUCCUAUCCCUUUUGAAUACAAUUGGUCUUCAUAGUACAGUAGUACAUAUAAUUUAAUCUCUAGCAAACCUCAUGGCUUUCCGCACAUACAUUUACUGUUGUAUCAAAUCUAUCACUAUUGAAAGGGCCACUAGACAUUUAGGGAACGUACUCCGUAGUAGGGACAUUUUAUCAAAAUAUGUUUGAUUUCAUUAACAUCUGUACACUAUAGGAUUUGUUACCCGUGAUCAAAUCAUGGAAUGUCACUAUUGUGUAUUAACAUCUAAGGUACCCAAGUCUGGUUUGACAUGCAAUGGUUUCUCUGGUAGUGGACAUGCUUGCUGUUCCACAAAGAGCUGUUCUGUUCAUUACAUGGAAGUGGAACAUUUCAACAAUGUCAUAAUUUGUAUUGAAUGCCUGUAAAAAUGUGUUUGAAGCAUUGAACUGUUUGUAUGCACAAGUCAUAAGGUAUAACAAAGCAAAUGAUUAUAUUUAUGACUGAUGUAAUCCAUAAUGUUUUUCCACUAGUUUCAGUUACUAUAUAUUUUUCCAUGACUGGUGGAAGUAACCAUUUCUGUAGUAACACAAAAUGAAUCAAAAUGUAUGGAUACAAGGGUGAUCUAAGGAGAUAUUACACUGAAAUGGUAAUUGUUGUGAAAUGGAAAUUGUUGUUGGUCAUCUGACAUUGGUCAGCUGGCAUUCUUCAGUCUUUUCAUUUGUUUUGAUGUAUGCAUAACAUUUUGGUAGGCACUCUUCAGUUCUGAUUGGUUAAAAGUUAGAAUAGUAAAUUGUUGUGUGUACAGUAUAUAAAGGGCACAUGUCUGUUUCUUUGUGAAGCAUGAGGGUGUUUACGAUUCUGAUGCAAGUGGUCUUUAUCCACGGUGAGUGAACUGUCGCCGAUUAAUAUAUGUAUAUCUGAUUUCUAGUGACCAUCGAUUUAUGUCUAAGUUUUCUCCUUCUCAGAUCUGUAAUCCCCUGUAAACUCCAUCUGUUGAGUGAGAAAUGUAGAUGUUUUCCUCAAGACCAUUUACCCGUGUCAGUGUUUUCCCCUAUAUUCAUUUAGCAGCGGCGCACCAUAGCAAUUUUAUAAUAUAGAUGUAUACCACAAGAAGACACCCCGCCCCCACUUCCUCUGCCACCGCUUCUGAAGACCACCACCCACUACUUCUGCCACCACUGCUGAAAAAUCCUAGGGGAAACACUGCGUGUACAUUUUCUGCUUUCCUUCAGUUUUGGGGUAAUUUUGAGCUUGAAUGAUCUGAGCUCCUUGUCUUUCGACUGCUGUGAAUGGGCUGACAUGCAUACUCUUUUGGAGAGAUGGUACUCGAGCAGAACAUCGAUAAGAACUUUCUCAGACCAGUUGGCCUUUUUCUUAGUCGUGAUUUUGUCUUGUUUUUUUUAUCUAAUGAAUUACUGUGUUACUGAUAAAACAAUUAGCUUGAGCCCUUAAAAGUUAAAAAUAACCAUAGAGUCUGUCAUAAACUGUCUUCCAUUUUAAUGUUCAUAACAUUCAACUUGCUGUGACCAUGAGUUUGUCCCAAAUGGUACCCUAUUCCCUACGUAGUGCACUACAUUUGACCAGAGCCCUUUGGGCCCUUAUCAAAAGUAGUGCACUAUAAGAAAUAGGGUUCCAUUUGGGAUGCAUUUAUGACUGUAUACUUAUGGAGGGCUCCCACUGAGUGUUACCUCCUAUCCUCACCAACCAUACAUGUACAGUAUUUUUUUUUUAAAUGUAGAAGUUAAUGGUCUUUAUCCAUGGAGAAGAAAGAUUGUUUGACUAGUCCCUAUGGCAAAAGGCCAAAAAAAAGCAUUUGAAAUAGUGUUUAGUGUUGGUUUCAUACAUUGAUUCAGCUGUGUUCAUUACUUUUGAGCAUUUCAAAAUGGACCUUUGGUGUAAUACUGGGUUGGCCAUCCUGGUCCCGGAGAGCCUCAGUACUGAAGGGUUUAACUUGAAUGGAUAACAUUUGGAUUGUAAGUCCAACUGUUGGUGUAAAAGUAUGCUGCUUGAGGGAUGGCCAUGAAUGCACAUGGCUUACGAGGCCCUCUAGGUCUUUGGUUGGCCACCUACUGUAGUGGUGUCAUUCCUAAUGUAAAGGAAGAUUUCUAGACCAUGCUUCAGUGAGUGUUUAAUAUGUUGAUGUGGUAAAUCCAUUGUUUUGAUGUAUAAAAGUGGGUUCUCUUGACUUCAUAAUUGUCCUUGAAAGAAUAAAAUACUCCAACAUGA